AUGCACGCUCCUGCAGUCCGCCGAGCGUUUCCAACGGUUGCAUUCGCCGCCAGAGCCCCCGCCGCGCGGGCCCUCCAUACCUCGAAUCCGGCCCGCAAUGCCGCCCAUGGCUCCGGCGGCAAGCCCGCGGAUGACUCCGUGACCGAGCACGACGGCGAUGCCGAGGCGCAGGCUGGUACCGAGACGUCCGGCGGCCGAACCAGGAGCCAUGCGGCGGGCCCGUCGAGAACGCGCCAGGCACGGAGGCGCAUCGCCUCGGCCCUGCCGCCCGUCCAGCUGCCGCCCAGCUUCCUCGACAGCAACGUCUCCAUCUUCGCCCCCGGCGCCCAGCCCCGGCUCCCGGCCGCCAUUGCUGAGGAUGCGAGGCACCCCAAGGUCUCGCGCCUUUUCCACGACCAGAACCCCAGCUCCCAGCAAGGGCACCAGGCGCUGGAAUCGUACUUUGAAACGGCUCUGAACGACCUCUUGCUCAGGGACACCGAGCUCGCCGUGGACUUUGCGCGAUCUUGCACCGCCAUUGGCGAUGCUUCUUGGAACUCGCCCGACAAGAUUGAGAGGGUGGUGCGCCUCUGGGACAUGAUACUCGACUCCGCAUGGCAUCUCACCGAUGCCUUGUAUCCCGCGCGACAAGCGCAAUACAUGUACAAGACGCGGCCUUUUUGGUGGUGGCAUAUUUACAAAGACCUCGACCCGCGAACCCACCGCUUUCGCGACCAGUCUCUUCCCCUUGCGAUGUGGCUCGACAACCAGCUCAAGCAUGCCGAACGCCUCGAGAAGCCCCUCGCCCACGCCGUCGCCGAUUUCCCCAUCGACACCCUAGCCGCGAUGCAAAAGGCGAUCGGUCGCGAGCUCAAUGCUUCGCCGCCGCCCAACUUCGAUUCGAAGACGAGUAAACGACCCAUCACAGUCUUGUCGCUUUCGGGCUACGGAGGAAAGGCCGUGGCAGAGUCAAUAGGGGAACACCUUUCUCUGUGGAACGAGGCUGACCUCGUCCGUCUUGAUGCCCACGACCUGUCUGCCCUGGUUGGCGAGUACCUGGGCCAGAACUGGGCAUAUUCCCGUGGUCCUGUGUCUAUGCUCGGAUUCCGAGCUGCAGAGCUCAAUGGCAAACUGGCCGUGGACACGGAGUCUGCCGGACGGCAUCAAGACGAUGACGACGGCGAUGCCGAGGCUGGAAUCCUGGGUAUUAGGACUGCAACUGGGACACUGGAAGAUGAGCUACAAAAGAUUAGGCAGGGUGGGUAUGACUGCUUCAGCAAGUGGGAGAACCUCAAGAUCGACAAGAUUCUGGACCACAUCAUCCGUUCGGCCUCUCUCAAGUCGCAAUCCUCACAGCCUCGCCCUGUUCUCCUGCAGAUUCACGACCUCGUUGAACUGAGCAUGACGUUGGAAGGCUCCUUGCUACUUAACAGGUUGAGGGCGUUGGUCGACGGUGCCUGGCAGCAGGGCUUGCAGAUUGCCGUCUUGGGCACAUCUUCGUGCGAACAGCCGUCGGACGAAUAUCAAGGCGCAAUCAGGGACCUUGCCGUCGGAGACUUGGUCAUUACCCGCCAUAUCCAACCAGAUCGGGCCGACAGGCACAAUGCCAAAAACCGACUGCCAACUCCCUUUUACCUGCAACAAGCGGACUACUUUAUCGAGAACCUAAACAACAUCAACAGGAUGCUCAGAGCCAUGGAGCCGGACGCGGCACAGAAAUUCCUCGACCCGUCAAGCGAUGUCCUGCGGGGCUACUUGAUGUCUGCCAACCCACGCUCCUCGAUCUUUCGCGAUUCCAUACUCCCCAUCCCGGAGAUUUAUCACCUUGCGUGCGCAUUCAGGGCCCUCGAGCAAAGCCGUGAAGGCAGCGGGGCGGUGGGGUUUCUUGAGCGGUUCAAAAUGGGACCGCUGCGGCAAAGACCUGGGCAGCUUUUCCUCGACGAGGAACGAUUAGAGGAAAGAGGCGAGCCGGGCGAUGCGACCAAGUCCGCAGAAGAGAACAAGGCAGACGCGCGAGCGCCCAUGAAACUCAACGAGUACGAGAAGAGGAUCUCUGCUGGUCAAAUUCACCGGGAAAACCUUCGAACGACCUUCGAUGAUGUUCACGUCCCCCCGGAAACAAUAUCGGCGUUGAAGCUGCUCACCUCAUUGGCGCUCGUACGGCCAGACGCCUUUUCUUAUGGCGUUCUUGCCCAGGAUAAGAUACCUGGCUGCCUCCUUUACGGCCCUCCCGGCACGGGCAAGACGAUGCUCGCCAAGGCCGUUGCAAAGGAGAGCGGCGCCAACAUGCUCGAAAUCAGCGGCGCAACCAUCAACGACAAGUGGGUUGGCGAGAGCGAGAAGCUGAUCCGCGCAGUUUUCACGCUUGCGAAGCGGCUGUCGCCGUGCGUCGUCUUCAUCGACGAGGCAGACUCGCUGCUUGCGAACCGCAGCAUGUUCAGCAACCGCCCUUCACAUCGCGAACACAUCAACCAGUUCCUCAAGGAGUGGGAUGGCAUGGAAGAGACCAACGCUUUCAUCAUGGUGGCGACCAACAGACCGUUUGAUUUGGACGACGCGGUUCUGCGAAGGCUGCCACGCAAGAUCCUGGUCGACCUCCCGCUCAAGGACGACCGCACGGCCAUUCUCCGGCUGCUGCUCAAGGGCGAAACCCUAGACGACUCCGUCUCGCUCGAGGACUACGCCGAGAGGACGCCGCACUACUCGGGCUCCGACCUGAAGAACAUGUGCGUCGCCGCGGCCAUGGCGGCCGUCGAGGAGGAGAACGAGGCCGCCGCCAAGCACACUGGCCCGGAGCCCUUCCAGUACCCUGAACGCCGUGUGCUGCGCAGGGACCACUUCGAGAAGGCGCUCAAGCAGAUACCCGCGAGCAUCAGCGAGGACAUGGUGUCGCUGAAGCUGAUUCGCAAGUUUGACGAGGAGUACGGGAACCGCAGGAAGGGCGGCAAGAAGAAGGCCAUGGGCUUUGGCAUCCUCGACGAUAAGCAGCACGCCAACGCCGUCGAGACGAGGAUUCGCCAGGAUGGCGGCAGCAGCAGCCCCUGA